GAAACGAGAUAUGAAGUACUUGGAGUAGCCGUUGUUAUAGUGACACAAGAGUUAAUUAUGAAUGAGGAUGAAUCACCGAAAUCAAAAAACAUAUUUAUCAGCGAGAUAGAUUGCUUUGUCGGUAAAAAUAUUGGAAAGUAUUUAGCAACACAGAUCCCUGGAUCUGGAGUAGAAUAUGAGAAACAGGAUGCAGACUUAUCAAACGAUAAGUGGGAACCAGGUGGGCCUUCUCCUCCAAAGAAAAACUGCUUCGUAAUAAAUGGAACACUGCGCUAUUGUGACUCAAACAAACCUCCGUUUGCGAAGGAUAUUUUAGAUUAUGAUGAUCGUAACAAAUUUUUGGAGCACGUGGCAACUUUCGACGUUAUUAUAUACGACAUCACGGUCAAUCCUGAACAAAUGAAGGAAGUGGUAUGGCUUGGUGAGUGUCUAGAGAAGAAUUCAAAUCAAUUCGCUUCCAAGAAGACGCUUAUUUUGGUUACAAAUUUGAUGAGUUGGGUAUCAACUAAGCCAAAUGACCCGGAUGAUCCAGGAUUUGUGGAAUCCGAAUGUAAACGUCGUAAACCACAUCCAAAAUUUAAAGAAUAUUUAGAAUGUGAAAAAUCAAUUUUGAAGUUAGGUAAAAAGCAUAAAAAGAAAUUUGUAACUUAUGUAUUAGCAUGUGGAGUAUUCUAUGGAUGUGGGGAAUAUCUUUUUCGACAUUUAUUUAAAGAUGCUUGGUCAACACAAAAUGAAUUGCCAGUGUAUUUAAAUGGAGAAAAUAUAUUGCCAACUGUUCAUAUACUAGAUUUAGCCAGAAUAAUCCAAUUCAUAAUUAAUGAUCCUCCUAAGCAACGUUACAUUGUUGUCCGAGAUGAUGGUCAAUUUACUUUGUCAGAAAUUGUAAAAGCUAUCUCAUCGGGAUUAUCCAAUGGAGUUACAAGAGUAUACAACGAAGAAGACAUAAAAUCAUUGGAAAUACCGGCACAAAUAACUGAUGUUCUAACGAUGAAUCUUCGUAUUGAACCGAGUACAAUUAAAGAAGAUAUGCAAUUUCCAUGGAUUUCUGAUUCUGGCAUACCAACUAAUAUAUCACAAUUAAUCAAUGAAUUUAUUGAAGAACAUCAAUUAAAGCCACUACGUAUAUGUAUUCUUGGUCCACCAUAUAUUGGUAAAACUACACUUGCUAAAGAACUUUGUAAAAUUUAUCGUUUACAUCAUAUACACUUGAAAGGUCUACUAUAUGAAUAUAUUCGAAAUUUGCUUGAACCAAUUAAAGCCUAUGAACAUUUAUUGUAUAUUCGUGAUAAAGAACGUUCUGCAGCUGAAAUGAAUUCUGAAUCUAAUGGAAAAAUGUUAUUGAAACAUAAUUCACAAGUUGAUCAAUUGUUGUUAGAUGACAAUGAGAUAAAUGAAUCGACUACUGAUGUUAUAAAUCCAUUGAAUGUCAAUUUAUCAUCAGAUUAUUCAACAAAAUUACUUGAACCAAUGAAUGAACUGUUAGAUUCAUAUGAAAAUGAUGAUAAUGAAAAUAUGAUGACUGGAGAGUAUGUCACUUCUGACAGGAAACCAAAUCUUGGGGAUGAUAAUGAAUUAAAUGAUUUAGAAUAUUAUCCACUUAGUCCAUUACCAACUUGGAAUUCCGAAGAUGAAUUAGAAAUGCUUGUCAAUGAUUGUCAAGAACGUUUAGAACAAUUAAAAGAGAAUUGUAAUGAAUUUGGUAAACUGAACGACGAAACACUGAUACGAUUAUUAGUUCAAAAGUUAUUAUCUAAACCAUGUCAAAAUCAAGGAUUUAUUUUAGAUGGAUUCCCAAAAACGUUACAACAAGCUGAACUCUUAUUUAGACCUGAUCCAGAUGAUGAUGAUGAUGUAGAGAUUUCAAACAAUAAUAAUUCAUCAUUCAAAUCUCAUCACUUAAUUAUACCAAAUUAUAUGAUACAUUUAAUUGGUAGUAAUAAUUUAUUAUUAGAAAGAUUUAAUAAACAAUAUUCAUAUCAACAUUUUAAUUCAAUAAAACAACAACAAAUUAUGUUACCAACUUGGAAAUUAUAUUUAAUGGGUGAUAAGAAUUUAUUACUGAAACAUUUUAAUAUAAUAAAACAACAAUCAAAUCAACAAAUUGAAUUUAAUAAAAAUCAAUACAUUGAACAAGCGGUUAAUUUAAAACAAUUUGAAACAUAUAAAGAAAGAUUUGAUAGGAGAGUACAAGAAUAUCGUUCUAUAAUGGCACCAAAUAUAGCAAAUUUACGUGAAAUACUUAUUGAUGAAGCAAAUUCACUUCAAGGAACCAAUCAAAUGGAAGAAUUGAAAAUACAUCAAACUGAAGAUGGAAAAUCAAAAUCUUUGUCAAUGGAAGAAACUAGUCAGAAAGAAGAAGACAAUCAACAAAAUGAAGAAAAUCAAUUCCGUAAAAAAGAUAGUGAAAUGGAAAUUAUAACUGAAGAAACUAAACAAAUUGAAAGACAAAAUGAAGAUGAAAUCAAUGAAAAUCAACAUCAGACAAUAAGAGAAUCAAUUGCAUUAGAAUUAAAACUAGCACAUAUUCCAUCUCUACCUGAAGUACCAGAUGAAACUGAAGAAAAUGUUUUAACUUAUUUUGAUCUAAGAGAAAUUCAUCCAAUAAUGAUUGAUAUGGAUAAAGAUUCUAGUCCAGUUAUUAUGUUAAAUGGUCCACAAGAAGCUUGUUUAGAUAAAGUACGUAAAGCAAUUGGAAAACAUGAAGCGCCUAAAUUGCCUUCAAUUGAAAUUUAUCCAUUAAAACAAAGUGAAUAUGAAAUUCAAGAGAAAGCAAUAAACAUUUUAAGUGAAUUCGAAUUAGAAAAACUAAGAAAAACUAAAGAAAAACUAGAAAAUCAAAAAUGUGAAGAAAUUGAUUUAUUGAAGAAAUCUGAAAAUGAUUGGAACAAUUGGCUUUCUUUGUUGAACACACAAAAUUAUCAAUAUGCUGAAGCACAUUCACUACCAAUGCGUUAUUAUUUAAUGAAAUAUAUUAUGCCUGAAUUAUCGAAAGCUUUAUUGGAAUGUUCUGAAAUACGUCCAGAUGAUCCAGUUGAUUUUGUGGCUGAAUAUUUAUUGAAGACAGGAAUUUCACAGUGAAUCAACUACACUAUUUUGAUGAGAUUUUAAAACAAAAGAAAAAUGUAAAAAGAAAACCAACAAAUGAGUAUAGUUUGCAUUUUCAAAAUACAUAACCCUCGAGUACAUGUAGUAUUUGUUUCAGCUUUUUUUAUGGAAUAAAUAUCUCACUCAAACAUC